UAGCAGCACACACACACAUACACACACCACAAGUGCUCGGUUUUCUCUUUAUUUCAUCUCUUCUGACGAUUAAAAAAAAUCAUCUACUCCUGUCAGUACGCGUCAGGGUGUACUUUUAACCCCGUUUUGUUCACAUAUCAGCGGUUUUUAAGCUUUUAUUUUUUAACCUCAGAAAGCAGAGACUACUGACCGGAGUACCGAAGGAUGCGCGUGAUGGCGAAGGAGACAGUCAACAAAUCAGCCAACAGUGAACACAAAACCUCCUUCCACUGCUUCCAGGCUGCGUGUUGUUUAGUUCUGUCGGUAUUUUCGGUGUUUUUUUGUGUGCUGAUCACCUUAAGGACGUCUCACCUGGAGCACAGGAUGCAGUUUCUGGAAAGCGAGCGCCUUUCUGUCCUGAGAGCUGCACCUCCAUCUGUGCAGGAUAAUCUCUCUCUGUGGGAUGCGGUAGAAAAACUCAUCCACAAGAGACUCACGGAGGAAGUGCCUAAACUUCGUACACCGAGGGAAGUCGGUGGAGCGUGCUCUUGCCCACCAGGACCCCCAGGUAGACGUGGAAGAAAAGGGAAUCCUGGAACUCCAGGAACUCCAGGGCGAGAUGGCUACCCGGGUCCUCUUGGUGUGGAUGGUAAGCCUGGUUCUCCUGGUCCUAAAGGCAUUCAGGGGAUGCCAGGGCCAAAAGGAGAUAAGGGUGAUCAGGGAGAUGUGGGGCCCAGGGGCCCUCCAGCACAUGCUGCCUCUGCUGGACUUCUCAGUAAUCAGAUCCUUACAGUUAAGGGUGAUCAGGGUCAGGCUGGGCCUCCAGGUCCCCCAGGGCCUCCUGGACCAUCUGGCCCCAGUGGGCCCCCAGGAAACAUGGGCAGAGAUGGACCCCGGGGCCACCCAGGAGAGCCGGGUCUUCCUGGCAAGGAUGGGAAUGAGGGUCCAAGUGGGCCACAUGGUAUAAAGGGUGAUGUUGGAGAGCCUGGAAUGAAUGGGCUUCAGGGUCCUCCAGGGAUUAAGGGAGAACAAGGAGAACCAGGUGAUGAAGGGAAAAGAGGCAUGGAUGGACCACCAGGCAUAAAGGGAGAGAAAGGAGAUGCUGGUGCUCCAGGACUCCAGAAAGGUGCUCCAGGUGUCUUUGAGAACACUGACCUGUCUGAAAGACUACAAAUUUUGCAGGGCCCACCUGGUCCUCCAGGGCCUCCUGGAGAGCAAGGAGUAAAGGGAGAGAUGGGCUCUCCUGGGAUUCCUGGAUCUGAAGGCACACAGGGUUCGAAAGGAGAAAGAGGGGACAGAGGAGAACCUGGAGUGACAGGAGAAAAAGGGGAGAGGGGAGAGAUGGGACUGCCUGGGCAAACCGGAGAUGGUGGACAGAAAGGGGAGAAGGGAGACUCCAGAAUUGAGGACAAUCUGGAUCAGAUUAUUGCAUUGCCAGGUCCUCCAGGGCCACCUGGCCCUCAAGGAAUUAUGGGCCUUCAUGGGAUGCCUGGUCAAAAGGGAGAGCCUGGUGAUUCAGUUAAAGGAGAGAAGGGGGAUGUUGGAGAAAAAGGACCACAAGGGCCACGGGGUCUUCAAGGUUAUCCUGGGUCAAAUGGAUUGGUAGGUCUACCAGGUGCAAAAGGUGAAAAGGGAAAACAAGGAGAGCCUGGAUUAGAUGGUUUUCCAGGAUUACGAGGAGAGAAGGGUGAUAAAGGGGAACGAGGAGAAAAGGGUGAAAGAGGCUCGCUGGGGAAAAGGGGUCUGAAAGGAGAGAAAGGAGAGCAGGGACCUCCAGGGCUGGAUCAACCUUGUCCUGUGGACCGGGAUGGACUACCAAUAGCAGGAUGCUGGCAUAAGUGAUGACCAGAAGCUUUGGAGUGUGUACAUAUUUGACACUAAACUUUUUACACACACACUUUCAUUUUGUAUGUUCUAUUUAAUAUUGUGAGAAUUGAUUUAAAAAAAUACUUUCAACUCCUUGUGGAAUUUAUUGCUGCUUUUUCUACAAAGAAAGACUCUAAUUUGAAGGACUAAAGCAAAAAGAGUUGAUUUGAGACCAACUGCGGAUGGUACAUGGACUUGUGGAAUGAGAGAGAACAACACCAUCAUGAUCCCAAACUCAUCUAACAGACUGCAGCAUGGCACUUGAUCUCUGAACUGAACUGUUUUAAGCAGCCUUUGUUUACCUGGAACACCCAGCUUGUCCAUUUUUUCACUUUCUUUGAAAUGAUAAGGUUUGUAAGCAGGAAAGAAAUUGUUCACGAUUGUGGAAAGAGUUCUACCCUGAAGGAACCAUCGCUGUUCUAGUGCAUGGGAUUGAACUCUAUAAAAGUAACUACGUGGGAUAUUGACUGUUGCCUGGAUGACCCCAUAUGACCCUGUAGUCUGACAUGGCACUACUCAUGUCAGAAAGAAACCAAUCUUUUUCCUGUACGUCUGAAUAAAAUCCGGAAAUGGCACCAUAAUUACGUCAAAGUUUGCACUACAAGAGGAUGAGAAGUGGACGAGAUAUUUGGCUCAAAAAAAUGUUUAUCUUUCCAGUUACCAAGUUUAAGGAACUGCUUUACAUUCUCAGUACUCUUUAAUAAUUAUGUGUAAAUAAUAUGUAUAGUUAUUAAUUUUCACUGUUUAAUAAAAUUGUUCUACUGAUAUGCAACAUGAUGUGUUUUAUAUAUUCCUCUCAACAGUCCUUACACAUAUACAUUUUAUCACACAAAAGGCUUUCUUGUGUUAAUAGCAUGCUGUGUUAUAAUGUAAGAUUUUACAGCAAGUGUUUUUUUUUUUUUUUUUUUAGCAAUUUUGAUGUGUGGUUUAUAAUGACUGGAUGUUUUUUCAGCUAGACAGAUGUGUUUUGGUUGUGUAGUUUGGUUACAAGUGUGCAAAAGACUCAAAUAUGAAAACUUUAAUGAAUGUAAAUUUCAUUAUUGUAUAUGUCAUAUGGACUUGUUUAUAUGCCCUUUAACAGAAAUACUGACUUUGUCUACUUAUAAUUUGAGUGAACUUUUGGUAUAAUUAAUAUUGGUAUACA